AUGCGUCUCCUUAGCCUUGUAGCAGGAGCAGCCUCUCUUGGGGUUGCCGCCGCCGGAGUGAUCCAGGCCAAGUCCAACGAAGACACCUGUGCUAAUGUUAUCAACACUGGUGAAGUCUUGCACCUGUCUGUCAACAUCGUUGAGUACCCCGUCAUUGUUGAUGUUGAGCUGGAAGAGGAUGCCGUCAUCACCAUUGAUAAUACUAUUCUUAUUGAAUGUACCAAUGCCCCCACCCACCUGCACACGACUGUCUAUGCUUUCGAGACCACCACCGUCACCAAGACUAUUUCUACCGCCACUGUCACUGCUGAAGCCACUGCGACUCAGGCUGCUGCUUCCAAUGAGAAUGGCCGUACUGUGAUCACCAAGAUCGCUACCAAGACCAAGACCUCUAACACUAAACCCACUACCCACACCAAGAACCUUGCCCCAGUUGCUGGCGGCUCUGCCGUCGGGUCGGGUUUCAACACUGACCUGAACACUAAGCCCGCUUCUCAGACCGCUGUUCGCACUAUCGUCCGGACCGCCACUCACCACGGAACUACCACCACUAAGACCUAUACCUCCACUGUCGCUUCCACUACUGCUACCAUUGCAGCGGGUCAGUACACCAAUUGGACCACCUACAAGGCCAACGGUGUCAACCUCGGCGGCUGGCUCGAGCAGGAGCAGGUCUUCAACCAGUACUGGUGGGACCAGCACGCCCCCGAGGCCGAUGAUGAGUGGACCUUCUGCGAGACCCUCGGCUCCCAGUGUGGCCCUGUACUCGAGGAACGCUAUGCCACCUUUGUCACCACCGCUGAUAUCGACAAGAUGGCCGCUGUCGGCGUCAACACUCUCCGUAUUCCCACCACCUACGCCGCUUGGAUCAAGGUCCCCGGAUCGGCUCUGUACCACGGAAACCAGCAGGACUACCUGAAGAAGAUCUCCGUCUACGCCAUCGAGAAGUACAACAUGCGCGUCAUCGUCGGCCUGCACUCCCUCCCCGGUGGUGUCAACAACCUGGACAUCGGUGAGGCUGCUGGCCACGACGCCUGGUUCUUCAACUCUACGAACCUGGAAUACUCCUACCAGGCCGUUGACCAGAUCCUUGCCUUCUUCGUUGAAACCGGAUACCCCUGGGCUUUCACUAUUGCCCCCAUCAACGAGGCCUCCGAUAACCCGACUGCUUUCGCCUCGGCCAACACUUUGACCACCAACGGCACAGCCUGGAUCGUCAAGUACACCCAGGGUGUUCUGAAGCGCAUCGCCAAGGUUGACAAGCGCAUCCCUCUCAUGCUCCAGGACUGCUUCGUCGGCGAGGAACACUGGUCUCCUUACUUCCCCACCGGUACCAACAUUGUCAUCGACAUGCAUGUCUACUACUUCGCUGCCUCGGGUGUUUACUCCCAGUGGGCUGAUGGUGCCAUUUGUGGUCAGGCUUCUGUCCUCGGUGGUGAUGGCAAAUUCCCUGUCUUUGUUGGUGAAUGGGCUUUGCAGACUCUUUACAGCAACACAUAUGCCAACCGUAAGGAUCUCUUUGAUACUCAGCGGUAUGCUUGGAGCUUGUAUGUUCAGGGUGGAUCUUUCUGGAACAUCAAGCAUAACAGCAGUGUUGCUGUUGAUGGACAGGGUACCCAGAAGGAUUACUGGUCAUAUGAGCGUCUUAUUGAUGCCGGUGUUAUCACCAAGGCUUCUUCAAACGCUACCUACUGUUAA